AUGCGUGCGGCUGAAAAAGAAGGAAAAUACGCGAAAAUCCCGAAAGGACCCGUCACCAUCGACGUAGACAAGCUCUGGCAAGACUUGAUCAGCGCGCCCGUCGUUCGGGUUCCAGGUCAAGACACGACAGCAACCACACAACCACAACCAAAUGGCGACGCUCAAAAGCCCUCACAGUCCAAACCGGUUCCCAACGCCGCUGACGAAUCAGAAUACAUCCGCAUUAAACGGACCUACACUUUCGCCGGCAAAACUCACACCGAAGAAAAACUCGUCCACCGCGAAUCCGCCGAAGCAAAGCUCUACCUCGCCGAAACAGGCCAAGACCCGUCAGCCCCGGCCGUCUCCCCCUCGGACGCGGAUCAACAACAAAAGCGCAUGCCGCGCAAAGCCUUCCGCUCCGCAUUCGAGCCCGUCCCCGCCGACGGCACGGGCGUCUCACAAAGGUCUGACCUCAACCUCGGCAUAGCAAAGCUGCGCGAGCAGAGGGAGAAGGCGGAGCAGGCGAAGAAGCUGAACACGGUGGAGAAGAGUAGGAUGGAUUGGGCGGGAUAUGUGGAUCGGGAGGGUAUCAAGGACGAGCUGGAGAUGGCAGGUAAAUCGAAGCAUUCGUUUGUGGCGAGGCAGGAGUUUUUGGCAAGGAGUGAGGCUGUUAGGGAGGAGGAGGUUAGGAGGUUACGGUUGGCGGGGAAAGUGUGA